AUGGCAUUAGAUUUCACGACAACACAAUGGAUCACCAUUGGUGCGGGUGCCAUUGUAAGCUGGCUAUUGUUGAAAUGGAUCACCUCGCCUUCACCCAAAAAGUUUACUGUUAAGGUACCUGAAGCUGCUGACCCCAAGUGGACUGGCAAAGUUCUUGAGAAUCCCUCUAUUCGUGAUCCUAGUAAUCCUUCAACAAUCGUGUGCUAUGAUCCUUCUACUGGCUAUCUUAUUGAUACUGUUCCCAACCCUACUGUUGAGGAGGUGAAGGAGUUAUACAAUCGUACCGCUGCAGCCCAAGUAAAAUGGGCGAAGACCACAUUUGAACAACGUCGUACUGUCCUUCGUUCCUUAUUAGCUUUUGUUUUGGAAAAUCAAGAAACCAUUUGUAGAGUGGAUUGUAGAGAUACUGGAAAAACCAUGAUUGAUGCUUCUUUAGGUGAAAUUAUAACUACUUGUGCCAAAUUACGCUGGACUAUUGAUAAUGGUGAAUCUGUAUUGGCUGAUGAUUAUAGAGCACCUGGUUUAAUGAUGAUGUACAAGCAUUCAAAAGUUGUUUAUCAACCUUUGGGUGUCGUCUCUGCUUUGGUCAGUUGGAACUAUCCUUUCCAUAAUGCCAUUGGUCCUGUCAUUUCCGCUCUCAUGUCUGGUAACGGUAUUAUCGUCAAGUGCUCAGAAUAUGUUGCCUGGUCUUCUAAAUACUACGAGCAAAUCAUCAAGACUUGUCUUUCUGUCAACGGCUUUGAUCCUGACCUUGUCCAAUUCGUACCUGGCUUUGCUGAUGUAGGUGAAGCUGUUGUUCAAAGUGGUGUCAAUCACGUUACUUUUAUCGGUUCCCCUGCCGUCGGUAAAUUGGUUCAACGUAAUGCCUCCGACUACCUUGUGCCUUGUGUGCUAGAAUUGGGUGGUAAAGAUUGUGCUAUUCUUUUGAAGGAUUCUGAUCUCGUUCAGGCUAUUCCUGUGUUGAUGCGUGGUGUUUUCCAAAAUUGUGGUCAAAACUGCAUCGGUAUUGAGCGUAUUAUUGUUGCUGCUGAAAUCUACGAGAAAGUAGUUGAAGAAAUGAAUACACGUAUUGGUAAGCUUCGUCAAGGUUCUAUUCUUGCUGAGGGCGAAGGCGUGGAUUGUGGUGCGAUGACAAUGGGGAAUCAAUUCGAAAAAUUGGAAGCUCUUGUUCAAGAUGCUGUUUCUCACGGGGCUCGUCUUCUUCGUGGCGGUAAGCGUUAUCAUCACCCUAAACAUCCUUCUGGUCAAUAUUUCGAACCCACUUUGCUUGCUGAUGUUACACCCGAAAUGGAUAUUGCUAAUAUUGAAGCCUUCGCUCCUAUUAUGGUGAUAAUGAAGCAUCAAGGUCCUGAAGAUGCUGUCCGUAUUGCCAAUCUUUGUCCUUUUGGUCUUGGUUCUUCUGUUUUCUCUGCUGAUAAGAAGUUGGCGGAAAAGAUGUGUAUGCAAUUAAAAACCGGUAUGGCUAAUGUCAAUGAUUUUGCAGUUAAUUAUCUCUGUCAAGGUCUUCCUUUUGGUGGCGUUGGUAUCUCCGGUUAUGGUCGCUUCUCCGGUAAGGAAGGUCUUCGUGGUCUUUGUGUUCCUAAGGCGUUUACAACAGAUCGUAUUCCUGGCGUGAAGACUCCUAUCCCUCCUAUUUUGGAUUAUCCAGUACAAAGUGCUAAGAAGGGUUGGUCCUUUGUUAGCGCUCUUAAUAACCUAGUAUACAAUCCUGAAGUUCCUGCCAAGGUUGGAGCUUGUGUUGAUCUCGCCAAAGCCAACAUAUAG